AUGGCUGAUGAAGAAAACAAUUUUAAAAAUAAGGAAUCAAUAAACUAUUGUCAAAGUGCAGUAGAUUUGCAAAAUUGCUUGCAUUCUAUUCUUGAAAAAAUUUUAAAAAAUGUAUCGGAUCAAAAAUUCAUUCAAAUUUACAAAAAUUGCUAUAAAGGUUUUGAAAAAAAGAGUGAUAUUGAUAAACCAGCAUUGAGUGGAUCAUCGGUUGAAGCCAAAAAAUACCAUUCACAAUUUAAUUCAAUGAUUAAAAAAAAUGUUUUUGCAGCAAUUGAAGAAACCAUCAAUGGAAUGAAUAAUAAAUUAAAGGAACUGGAAGAAUUAAAAAAAGAGCAGAGACCACCUGGAAAUGCAUUAAAACAUAUAAUUCCAUUUGAAUAUGUGAGUUUAAGCACGAAAAAAGAAGAAUUAGAAAGCUGUAUUAAAAGAGAACAAGAAGCCUUAAAAUUGUUAAAAGCAAGAUUGAUGCAAAAAAGAAUUAAGGCUCAACAACAGCAUUUAGUGUUGUUAGAAUCAGUCUCUGACAUUGAAAAAUCUGUUUUUAGAACUACAAAAAUAUAA